GGAUUAUAUUUGCUUCAAAUUUUCUUAUUACAAAAAAAUCUCAACAACAAUGGCGCUUUACCUUCCAACUUUCACCAUUGCAGCUGCUUCAAUCUUGAAUCAUUCAAUCCAACACAAAUCCAAAACCUCUCUUCAGCUUCACUUCUCAAAACCCAUCUCAAGAAAUCACUUGUCAGUUCCUCACAGCUCAACAGAGACUCAGAAAUACGUCUAUCCUGACCCAAUCCCUGAAUUUGCUGUUUCUGAGACUAAGAAGUUCAGGGUGGAGCUCUUGAAGAAACUGUCCAAGGAAAAGGAGAUUCUUGGAGAUGAACUUGAUGAUGUUGUUAGUGUUUGUGCUGAGAUCUGGAGAUAAUCAAAACCAAUCACAGUCAGCACCUUUUUGGCACUUUGGGAUUUUUAAUGAAUUCUUGCACAAAGAAUAUGGAGGACCUGGGACACUACUUGUGGAGCCUUUUACUGAUAUGAUGGUAGCUCUCAAAGAGAGGAAACUUUCAGGAGCGGCAUCAGCUGCACGAGCAUCACUAUUAUGGGCUCAAAAUUAUGUUGAUCAAGAUUGGGAGACUUGGAACUCAAACCACCUAAGCUAACGAAUAAGGAAUCAUGGUUUAUCUUCAAAGUUAUCCCGUAACUGUGUUGGUGAAAGAUAACAGGUAUCUGGUGGAAUAGUCGAGGUGCACAACUAUCGUUUGCAAAA